GGUAGCCGACCCCAACGUAGUUGGGAAAAGGCUAGGCCGAUGAUUUUGAUAAUUGAUAUUUCGGAACUCAUUAAGAACCAAUCACCGCCUCUUGAAUCAAUAUUAUUGCGGUUGUGGAAGUGGGAUAGCACAAUGGACGACUUAGAGCGAUGUCUCUUUCACAAAUAAAAAAAUGUGAUACCCUUUCUGGUCUAACAGCGGCCGUUAUGCGAAAUUACUUUGAAGUUUGACGGAAAAUGAAAUAUGAAAAUUGAGCCAAUAAACAGGUAGACAGGGUUGUUCGUUAUUAGUUCAUGCCAAAUGAUGUUCCCGAGCGAUAAUUGUAACUGACUUACGUAUAUUAUUAUUAGCAAGUCAUUGUAACUUUUCAUUUAAAAUCGGGAAUACAUUACUUCAUGUUUAUAAUGAAUGUUUCAAUUCCAACGCUUUUAGUCUUUGUGCAGUGGUGACUGUAGUAGGCUCGUUUACUUAUUAGAUGUUCGUAGUUUAGUGAUAAAGUAUAGAAGCAAUAUUUGCCAACAAAAUGGCGACGUUACUCGCGAAGAUACAAGAUACAUAUAAUUUCAUUUUCUAUGAUUUAUGUGAUGAUAGAACACGAGAUUUAUUCCCCACUCACAUCCACAUGCUGAUCAUCCUGCCGACCUAUUUAUAUUUCGUCAAGAGAUUAGGUCCUCGCAUCAUGCAGAACCUGCAGCCAUUUGAGUUGAAAACACCUAUUAUGCUGUACAACAUAUUCCAAAUAUGUAUUAGUUUCUAUAUAUUUGUUCUGGGACUUGCAGCAGGAUGGCUCAAUCACUAUGACAUUACAUGUCAACCUGUUGAUUAUACAGAAAAUAUAUACUCAAGAAGAAUGUUAAAUGGCUUUUGGUGGUACACAACAGUGAAGCUGAUUGACUUAAUGGACACGAUAUUCUUUGUGUUAAGAAAGAAGGACAGGCAGAUAUCCUUCUUGCACGUGUUCCAUCACUUCAUGAUGCCUAUUGCAUCGUACAUUGGACUCAAAUACUUCCCGAAUGGCCAUUCUUCCCUCCUCGGUAUCAUCAACUCUUUCGUCCACGUCAUCAUGUACACGUAUUACCUGAUAGCUGGUCUUGGACCUAAAUACCAGAAGUACAUCUGGUGGAAACAGCACGUCACCACCCUGCAACUGGUCCAAUUCGCCAUAAUCUUCGUCCACAACGUGAUACCUAUAUUUAAGGAAUGCGCUUACCCCAAGUGGAUCAACGUUUUACUCGCCAUACACAGUUUGCAAUUCGUUUAUCUAUUUGGAAGCUUUUAUUACGAAACCUACAUUAAGACACCACAGAAGAAAACCAAGAGUAGUACCGCGAAUGGUACCAGCAAAAAGGUCAAAGCUAACUAGUUUUGACGAUUUUUUUUUAUAAAAUGUUAGCCGACGAUGCAAAUAUUUGUAACUGGGUACCUGAUGAUGCUUGGCUAUUGGUUGAGGUAUUUUUAUUCAUCCAGUAGACUAAUAGCCGAAAUCUAUUCUGUAAUACUGUGGUUCAUAUCCCAUGCACAAGUUACGCAUCGUCUGUCCAACAUAUUAAUUGUAAGGAAUGAUUGAAGAAAAAUUGAGACUGUGGCCAAGUCAGAAUUGUGGUUGAAAAUCACUUGGAGAAACUAUAACUGUUAAUUGUGUAACUUAUCAUUCAGGUGUAUUAAAAGAUCUAAUUUGCUUACAGUCUCAAUCUGAAUGUAGGCUAUAUAGUUUAAUGAAAUUACUAGUUACUAUAUGCGAGCCUAGUAUUGAGCAUUUAUCUGUUAUAAUGUACGUACAUUAUUAUGUUAACAUAAAAAAAUAAAAUUAGUAUGC